UGUCAGAUUGGAUGGCGAAGAAAUUUCAAUUGGGCAAAUUUGAGGAAAAAUUGAGAAAAGAUUUUGAAAUUGAUCCUGCAUCUAUUGUCCAGGGGCGCUGGCCACCUAAGAAGGUUCGUGAGGUGUAUUUGAGUUGGAAAAAGCACAACAGACAUCGUGAGCCCUAUGCCUUUUUGUCAAUGAGCCAGCUAAGGCGAUCCUUUAUGGGGGCUAUGCGGGCAUCCUGCUCGCAGGAGGUGGAUGCCGAAAAACACCGUACUCUGAUGCUCAAGCCAGCAUGGGCCUACCAACAGGCCCUGGCCUCUACACUUCAUAUGUGACCCACUACCAACAACCUGCUCAACCCCAGCAGGGCCAAUUUCAGCCACUGGCCACUGCUACAGCACCCACUCCAACACCAUCCAUGCUGUUACCAGCGCCACCUGCAACCAAUCCCCAAUACCUGUCGCCCGAACAAGCCAACCAAGCACCAGCGAAUGAUGACGCAACUGCUGUCCCCGUGACUGACGCCCCAUCCACAUCUGAUGCAAGCCAGGGAGCGGCUGCUCCCGUAAUUAAGCCCAAGACCAAGAGGCGCAGACCACCAGCAGAGGGAUGGGAUGUCUGGGAUGAAUCAGCUGAUGAGGCCCUCAUAUGCCCAGUACGCACAGUAGCCAACGCUGAUGGUGUGUCUGUGUUCUACCAACCAGCAAAGGGCGACGAAAUCCAGAAGUGGUCCGCCGCCAUACAACACCCUCGGGAUGCCGGACGGCAUACCUGGACGAAGAUAAAAGAACUCAAGGAGAUGAGAGACCUGCACCCUUUUGACGCAUUGAAGAUCCUACAUCGUUACGUUACUGCCUUGCUUGAAGGCAACUACCAAAAGACCUGGCAGUCGUAA